UGCAAGCUUUGCAUGAGUACAAUGAAACAAAGGAUGCCACUCAAGCUGUAUUCGGGUAUUUAGCUAAUGUAAAUUGUGUUACUGUGACUCAAUUAUAUAAACAGUACAAUUUACCAUUGGACUCUACUGAGGAAUAAAUUAUUAUUUAGAUACGUCGCCCCUUUUGACAACCCGCGCCACCCCCCUACAUCAAAACCAGAAAGAUGUCGGACACGUCGGACGAUCCGAGCGCCCCCAACGACAAAGACGACACCAACUUGACGUGUCGCGACUUCGCCCGCGGCCUUUGCGACCGUAAAUUCUGCAAGUACCGUCACGAGAACGACAUUCGUCCGUUAAACUUCUGCCACGACUUCCAAAACAACGUCUGUCCCCGCGUCAAUUGUAAAUUCAUCCAUUGCACCGCCGAGGAGGUCGAUCAGUACAAGACCAGCGGCGAAAUGUCGAAUCAAAUAUUGGCGGAGGCGACCCGAAAGAAUCAGUUGCCUGGUACACCGCCCGUUUGUAAUCAGUUUAAAAAGGGACUGUGCAGACGGAGCCACUGUAAGUUUAGACAUUUAACCAAGGAGCAGGAGGAACAGGAGAUCCUGGAACUGAUCCAGAAUAAUAUGCAGAGGCGACAGGAUCCGGUCGGGGUGACCGCGUUACGCAGGAGCGGGGUGAACUACGACGAGUACCAAGAGAACGGACCGCCAGUUGUAAAGAGACGGUUUUUGACAAGUGAUUUGAUUAAUAAUAGAGAGUUGGAGAGUAGAAGUAGAGUCUUUAAAGGGUAUUUUGCGGGGAGUCCCCCGCCGGGGGUGCUCAAUCGCACUUUGAUGUUAGAGGAAGAGAACCAGAUGUUGCUGAAGGAGAUUGCCUUAUUAAAUAAACAGGUGCAAGACCUGACCGCCACAAACGAAUUCCUCCUCGACCAGAACGCCACCCUGCGUGUCUCCAGUAAACAGCAGCACGGCAACACCGUGAACAUGCCGGCGGUCACGUUGACCAGCAGCAACAACACGCAGCCGCAAAUGAUCAGGACGGUAACCGCGAGCGUGGCCACGGUUCCGGUCAGUUUGGCCACCGUGACCACGCGCAAUCCGGUUUCCGGUAGUCCGGUGUCUAUUGCCGGUUGUCCGACCGUCAGCAUCGCCUCACCCGCUCAGAUUUUGGCACCGAGUCAACAAAUUUUGGUCACGACAAACCCCGGCCAACAAUUGGCCUUGGCCACCUCCAAUCAGCAACUGACGUUGGCGAACGCGGCCGGUCAACCGCAGCAACUCGCCCUGGCCAGUAACCCCCAGACCCACCAGUUGACCAAUCAACAGUUGACGUCGCAGGCUCAACAGUUGGCCCUGGCCAACACCACGCAACAGUUGACCUCGCAGGCGCAGCAACUCGCAUUGGCUGCGACCGCGCCCCAACAUCUGACCGUCCCCGCGCAACAAUUGAUCGCCGCGCAGCAAAAUCUCGCCGCGUCCACGCAGCAACAGAUCGAACUGCACCGGACCAAUCAGAUCACGGCGAUCAAUACGUCGCAGGCGAUAGCGAUGUCGAACGCGACCCAACCGAUGGUUUCUUAUCCGAUUAUGACGCAGCAGAGUUUGAAUCAUCCGUUGGCGCACUAAGACUUUUUCUUUUUUGGUGUAUGAUUCAAGCAGUUUCCGGUUGUAGUUGUUUCCGGUUAGUGUCUUUUUCCUUCUUGUUUACUAUUUUCUUUUAGUACAAAAUAUUUAUUUUCCCAGAGUUCAGGUUUUAGGUUUUAAGUGAGUAUUUGCUGUGUAUAUAUUGCAAAGUGAGUAAAUUAAAGAAAUAUUAUGUAUA